AUGUUAGCACAGCAUGGAGGUGCUCUAAAAUCGAAGGUCAACGAAAUUUCGAGCGACAUUCUUUCCAAAAUUCGUGGCAUUAAAAACUCACAGCAGGAAGGUGGCGUAAUUGAAACGGAAAAACAUAAGGCUGAAUGCCUGAUGGAUGGGUUACGGUAUGAGGUCGAAAACAAAAUUAUCCUCUGUUAUGAAGUAGUAAAAAAUGCAGGUGACGCACUGUCGGAUCACAUAGAAGAUCUACGAAAAUCAGUCGAAAGCGCCUACAAUAAAUCAUUAAAACAUCUCUCGGCCGUAAAAAGUUUCCUCAUCCAAAAGGUUCAAAGAUCCUACUCCCAAGUUACGUCCGAAGUAAGAAAAUUGUUUGCGGAUCAAAGGAUGGUAGAAUUGCAAGUCCAUGUCAAAUGCUAA